UGACAGGCUGACAAAGCGCAUUGCGCAAAGCAGCAGAGUCGUGUGUGCAUGAUACACGGUUAAACAUGUUAAAAACUUUUCCUGAAAUUUUAGUUUUAUGUUACAUUCGGUGCCCAAAUUGUUGUAUAAGAACUGAUAUAAUAAACUUUUCUCCUUCUUGAUUAAGUGAGAAAUAUAGUUAAAUAAUAAAUAGUGAAUAUAUUUUUUGUUUGUGUAAGUCAGCUACGUUCCAAAAUCAAGAUGCCAAAAGGAAAGAAAAAGGGUAAAUACGAACAUAAAAGAACGGAGCAAGCAUACUCUUCAGAUGAAGAUGCUGGUAUAGAUAUGACCAUAGACAACUGCUCGGAGAUAUCAGGCCAGUCUGACUUGAAGAGCAACCAUGAAGAUGCAGAAAACGAUGUCCAAGAGAAAUUAGAGGAGAAGGUGCUGGAGUUGAUUGAGGCGUUGAACGCUCGAGCGAACGCGGCGCGCGCUGCGGCGCUGGUUUCCCUUCAAGGAGCACUGCAGCGUCGUUACCUGGCGGGCCUGCUGGCUAACCACCGCGCCACACUCGCAGAUCACAUCUCGCGCACGCUGCGCCGCGGCAGGGACGGAGAGCGCAGAGCCGCCGCUAAUGUCGCACCACUACUAGCACUGCAGAUAGGUGAGGAGGGCACAGAAGAGUUCAUGAAGGAGGUGCGGCCCGCACUGUUUGCCGCUUGCACAGACAAGUCUGCCUCGCUUGAAACUAGGACUGAUUGCUGCUCAUCUCUGGCUGUACUGUGCUACUUACUGGAGGAUGACCUCACUGAGAUUAUCGAGAUCCUUCGCAUGUAUGAGUCCAUAUUCAGCGGCAGCUAUCUUAAAGGCGACAGCAGCGUGAAGGUGUCGGGCGCGGCGGUGGAGGAGGGGUUGUGGCACGCGGCGGCGCUGGACGGAUGGGCGCUGCUGUUCGCGCUGGCGGAGCCCGCGCACGCCGCCGCCAUGCUGCGCGCGCACCCGCCCUCGCCCGCCCGGCUGCUGCAGCUGCUGGAGGCCUGCAACCUCGAGGUGCGUAUGGCGGCGGGCGGAGCGCUGGCGGUGGCUCACGAGCGGUCUGCGGAGGACGAGGUGUGGGCGGCGGGCGAGGCGGCGCUGCUGGCCCGCCUGGCACAGCUUGCGCGCGACCCCCACAAGUACCGCGCCAAGCGAGACCGCAAGCUGCAGCGCGCCACGUUCAGAGAUAUACUCAAGUACUUCGAGGAGGACGAGGUGCCCGAGCUGUCGGUGCGUGUGGGCAGCGAGGCGGUGGUGUGCGACACGUGGGGUGCGCGCGCCGCGUACGCCGCGCUGGCCGGCGCCCUGGGCGGCGGUCUGCGCGCCCUGGCCCCGCACUGCGCCCCGCUGCGACACGCCCUGGCCCUGCCCGCCUCCCCGCCCCUCGCACCACCGCCCACGAGACAGGACAAGCUGCAGCGGCAUUUGCAGAACAACGCGGCGUGCAAGGCGCGGACACUCGCACGCAACAAGAGCCGCGACAAGCGCUCCGCCGCCCUCGCCCUCUAACCACACACACAUACACACACACAGACUCGUAGCGGGCGGUUCGUUAUUCUUUAAUUAUAUAAAAUAUAUGUUAAUAUAUAAAAUAGAGUCAAAACAAACAUUUCAAGAAAAAAUAAU